GCCAGCCCCAAUUGAGAUUUCGUCCAAAUCCACCCUCCGAUUCCAUCGAAUCUCGAGGCGUUACCCCUUAUAAACCCCACUUAUCAUUUUGCGCCCUUACACUUUUCCAGAUCUACCACUAUUUUCCGUUCCGUUCAAACAGUUUCUCUUUAUCGCUCCAUUCUCUUCUCCUUCUUCCUUCGUCAUUGCCGUUUCAAUUUCAGAUCCAACUCUGUUCAAUCCAAAUUCAAUGGCGAGUCCUUCAAUCGCAGUAUUCUCCGUUCUUCUUCUCUUCCUCGUUUCAUUUUUAGUCAACAUUACUGCCUCCUCCGAUUCGCCGGCUCCGGCGCCGCAUUUCUCCGCUGACUCGCCUCCUUCUUCUCCUUCACCUUCUCCUUCUCUUCAAGACGCUCCUGCUUCCAACCCUUCCCCGGCCAAUUCACCCGAAGCUCCAACUCCGGCGCCGUCUCACCCCGAUUCGCCGCCGGCUCCUUCGCCUGGGAGUAUUCCUUCUCCGUCUCCGUCUCCGUCUCCGUCACCGUCACCGUCACCCGCGGAUACAGAUGAUGAAGGAGUUAACCGCACUGACGUGGCCGAUAUGGACGGUAAAUCCUCCGGAGGAGGAAUGAGUUCCGCCAAGAAAGCCGGAAUAGCGGUGGGAGUGAUCGCGGCUGUUGGUGUGGUUACAUUGGGAGCGUUGGUGUACAAGAAACGCCGGCAGAACAUCCAGCGGUCACAGUAUGGAUACGCAGCGAGGAGAGAACUUCUGUAGAUGGUCUUACACGUUUUGAUUUGCAUCUCUUUGGUUUGGCCACAGGUUAACCAUUCAGUAUUUCAUUAUACUAUUUUAGGCUUUUUUGUGUUUCGAAUUUCAAUUAGAUUAUACUCGAGAUCUCAGAGUGAUUUUAAAUUUCAAUU